CACCGCGGAGUCAAAACACGGUCUAAUACUCGGUUUACCUGAAGUUUAGAAACAUAAACGGAGUCUUUUUAGUGGAGAAGAUGUUUCUCUUCGCAGUUUUCGUCCUUUUGGGGACGGGACUGACAGUAAACAGCGAGAUUCACUCCCUCACGUACAUCUACACCGCCUUCUCCAAACCUGUCGGACUUCCGGGCAUCCAUGAGUUCACAGCUAUGGGUCAGAUGGAUGGCAGGCUGAUCGACUACUAUGACAGUGAUGUCCAGAAAAAAGUUUCCAAGCAGGACUGGAUGAAAGACCGACUUCCUCCAGACUACUGGGAGAAAGGCACACAGUCCCGCCAAAGCAAGCAGCAGUGGUUCAAAGUCAACAUCGACAUCCUGAAGAAACGAAUGAAUCAGACCGACGAUGACGUCCGUGUUCUUCAGUGGAUGCACGGCUGUGAGGGUGAAACAGGGCCUGAUGGCACAUUAAAGUUUGCCCGUGGCGUGGACAUGUACAACUAUGACGGACAAGACUUCCUGUCCUUUGAUGAUGCAAACUCAGUGUGGGUUGCUGCCACUGAUAUAGCAUUCCCAACCAAGAGAAAGUGGGAUGAAGUCCAAGUCCUAAAAGAAUACACCAAAGGCUACCUGGAGAACGAGUGUAUGGAUUGGUUGAGCAAGUUCAUGACAUACGGGGAAAAACAGCUGAAAGAAGCCUCUCCACCAGAAGUGUACGUCUAUGCUAAGAACAGCAGAAUUGAGUCAAAUCUCAUGUUGACCUGCCUAGCCACAGGUUUCUACCCAAAAGACAUCAUCCUUACCAUCAAAAGGAACGACCGUAUUCUGACUAAAGAGGACGGGUUGUUCUCCUCAGGCGUUCGUCCAAAUGAAGACGACACCUACCAGAGAAGAGACAGUGUGGAGAUUUUAAAGAGUGACAUUUCUUCUUUCACAUGUGAAGUCAUUCACAAAGCAUCCAACGUAUAUGUUCAGAAGACUUGGGAUUACAAAGUUGAUGAUGGAGUAAACAACAUCGGCAUUAUUGGUGGGGCGAUUGGGACCCUGGUCGUUGUUGUCGUAAUUGUAGCUGUAGUGCUGGUGGUGUUGAAGAAAAAAGGGAAAUUUGGAUCCAAACAAUCUCUCAACAGCGAUGGAACCGGCUCUUCUGGUUCUGGUGGUUCUGAUCCGGAGGAAGCUGUUCCCUUAAAUAAAUCUACGGUAGUGUCAGUCAUCACUGGCCAAGAGUCCAAGGAGUCUGUGGGCGGCAGUGAUUCUGAUUCUGGUCGCUCUACUGGAUCUGACCAAGGCUCAUCCAACGGCUCAUCCAACGGCUCACCCAACGACUCACCCAAAAGCUCCAAUGCCUCUGAGAAAAAACAACCUGAAAAUUGAGUAGUAAUUAGUAAGUAAAAUGUGUAGUUUGAGAAAUCUCUAUAACCACUAAAUUGACAGAUAAGACACUAGAGGCUUUAAUUAAGUCCAAAUAUCUCACUGCUUUUUUAAAGGGUUUUCCAAAUUAAAUACAGUGAAACAGCAGGCUCAGGAAAAGUGUACCAUUUAAUCUGAUUGAUGAUGAUGAGUAGAGUGGUAGUAAAGACACUGUUCUGUGGUCAUAAAGUGUCAGCAGUGAUCCUAAAGUAUGGA